UGUGGUGUGUGUGAUUCCCUCGAGGCGGUGGAAUUUGGGUCCUUUGCUUCUCUUUCUGCACUGUCCGCUUGUCCCUCCUCCGUCCUUCAUCUCGAAGCGGGAAGCGGCUCUUCCUCCUCCCAGCUUCCAACCCGUCCCAGGCGGGCAGGUCUCAGCGUAGAUUCUGUGAUCACCUCAGAACAAAUUUCAUUGCCCUUUAUAGCGGCUACGGUGCUGGGGUGUCCGAGCCUCAGGGCUUUUUGUUGCUGUCCGGCCCGCAGCCCUCGAGCUGGGGCCUAGCCGGAGCACUGCACGGCCGCGGAGCGUGGGCUCCUAGCCAUUCUGUCGGCCCUGCUCUCGCUAGCCAGCUAUCUUUGUCUAUACCAGGUUUCUCCACAUUGCCCUCCCCCACGGAAUUUACUGAGCUUGAAAAGCCUUUAAGAACUUAAAACUAAAAGUAAUACAGAAGAGAACUGCCCUCCGUCCAAGCACCAGCCAGCUCCAUUAUGGCAACACGAAGCCCCAGCAUUGUGAUUAGUGAUGAUGAACCAGGUUAUGACCUAGAUUUAUUUUGUAUACCUAAUCAUUACGCUCAGGAUUUGGAAAAGGUGUUUAUUCCUCAUGGAUUAAUUAUGGACAGGACAGAACGGCUUGCACGAGAUGUGAUGAAGGAGAUGGGAAGCCAUCACAUUGUAGCCCUCUGUGUGCUCAAGGGGGGCUAUAAAUUCUUUGCUGACCUGCUGGAUUACAUUCAAGCAGUGAACAGAAACAGUGAUAGAUCCAUUCUUAUGACUGUAGACUUCAUCAGACUGAAAAGCUGUAAUGACCAGUCCACAAGGGAUAUAAAAGUAAUUGGUGGAGAUGAUCUCUCAACUUUAACUGGAAAGAAUGUCUUGAUUGUUGAAGAUAUAAUUGAAACAGGCAAAACAAUGCAAACCUUGCUUUCCUUGGUCCAGCAGUAUAAUCCAAAGAUGGUCAAGGUUGCAAGUUUGCUGGUGAAAAGGACUCCUCAAAGUAUUGGAUACAGACCAGAUUUUGUUGGAUUUGAAAUUCCAGACAAGUUUGUUGUAGGAUAUGCCCUUGACUAUAAUGAAUAUUUCAGGGAUUUGAAUCAUGUUUGUGUCAUUAGUGAAACUGGAGAAGCAAAAUACAAAGCCCAAGAUGAGAGUUCAAGUUGAAUUUGGAAACAUCUAGAGUCCCAUUGAAAUCACUAGUAAAAUGAUCAAAUGUUCUAGUUCUGUGGCCAGCUGCUUAGAGGGGCUUCUUGCCUGUACCUUCUAAGAAUUUUAUCUGUUUGGUAUGUUUGUUAGAAAUGUCAUUUGCUGCAUUCCUAAAGUCUUUACUUGCACUAUGAGCCUAUAGACUAUCAGUUCCCUUUGGGUGGAUUGUUGUUUCACUUGUGAAUGAAAACUCUCUUAAACCACACCACUGUUGAAUGAAAAUAUUGAAAUUGUAUUUGUAGGAAACAUUUAAAGAGAAGAUAUAUUAAUUUUUACUUGGCAUUUUAAUUUUUAUAUAUUCAGGAAAAGACAAGUGAUUGAAUAUUGUUAAUUAUGCCACUGUGUUUAGAAAAGUAAGAAGCAGUCAGUUUUUGUAUCAAUGACAGCAUUUAAGAGGUAUUGUUUUGUUGGAUAAACCAUGUGUCCUUGAAUUAUUUUGGUGUUUCAGUAUUUUUCUGCUUGUUCAGAUUAUUUCUGGUGAAUCUUUGUCAACAGUUUAAAUACAAAUCAAUAAAUUCCAAAAUACUUAAAAAAAUAAAAGUAAUACAA